GCCGCCGCCACCAUGGUGAAAGAGCAGUUCAGGGAGACCGAUGUGGCCAAGAAAAUAAGCCACAUCUGUUUUGGCAUGAAAUCUCCAGAAGAGAUGCGUCAGCAAGCUCACAUUCAAGUGGUUAGCAAAAACCUGUAUAGUCAGGACAAUCAUCACUCUCCACUGCAGUAUGGAGUCCUUGACCAUCGCAUGGGAACCAGUGAAAAAGAUCGUCCCUGUGAAACCUGUGGGAAAAAUUUAGCUGAUUGUUUAGGACAUUAUGGGUACAUUGACUUAGAACUGCCUUGUUUUCAUGUUGGAUACUUCAAAGCAGUAAUAGGCAUCUUACAGAUGAUAUGCAAAACCUGUUGCUGUAUCAUGCUGUCGGUGGAAGAAAAAAAACAAUUUUUGGAUUACCUGAAGCGACCUGGCCUUACAUAUCUUCAGAAGAGGGGGCUUAAAAAGAAAGUAUCUGAAAAGUGCCGGAAGAAAAACACUUGUCCGUACUGUGGUGCCUUCAAUGGAACUGUGAAGAAAUGUGGUUUGUUGAAAAUAAUACAUGAAAAGUACAAGACCAAUAAGAAAGUGGUAGAUCCGGUAGUAUCUACUUUUUUCCAGUCCUUUGAAACUGCCAUAGAACAUAACAAAGAAGUAGAACCUUUACUGGGAAGAGCUCAGGAAAACUUAAAUCCUUUAGUAGUAUUGAACCUCUUCAAAAGAAUCCCAGCAGAAGAUAUCCCUCUGCUUCUAAUGAACCCAGAAGCAGGUAAACCUUCAGAUUUGAUCCUCACACGACUCUUAGUGCCUCCACUGUGUAUCAGACCCUCUGUAGUGAGUGACCUGAAGUCUGGCACCAAUGAAGAUGAUUUAACAAUGAAACUGACAGAGAUAAUUUUUCUCAAUGAUGUAAUAAAAAAGCAUAGGAUAUCAGGAGCCAAAACACAGAUGAUUAUGGAAGACUGGGACUUUCUUCAGCUGCAGUGUGCCCUGUACAUUAACAGUGAGCUCUCUGGAAUUCCUCUCAACAUGGCACCUAAAAAAUGGACCAGAGGUUUUGUUCAGAGACUUAAGGGAAAGCAAGGUCGGUUUAGAGGCAAUCUGUCUGGAAAGCGAGUGGAUUUCUCUGGCAGAACAGUCAUUUCACCUGAUCCUAACUUAAGAAUAGAUGAAGUAGCAGUGCCAAUUCAUGUUGCUAAAAUACUAACUUUUCCUGAAAAGGUGAACAAAGCAAAUAUUAAUUUUAUGAGGAAACUUGUCCGUAAUGGUCCUGAUGUUCAUCCUGGAGCUAACUUCAUACAGCAAAGGCACACACAGAUGAAAAGGUUUUUGAAAUAUGGAAACCGAGAAAAGAUGGCCCAGGAGCUGAAGUUUGGUGAUAUCGUGGAGCGACAUCUGAUAGAUGGUGACAUAGUCCUGUUCAAUCGACAACCCUCUCUUCAUAAGCUGAGCAUCAUGGCUCACAUUGCUAGAGUAAAACCUCAUAGGACAUUCAGAUUUAAUGAAUGUGUCUGUACACCAUACAAUGCAGACUUUGAUGGAGAUGAGAUGAACCUUCACCUUCCACAGACAGAAGAAGCAAAAGCAGAAGCACUUGUUUUAAUGGGGACUAAAGCAAACCUGGUAACACCAAGAAAUGGAGAACCUCUCAUUGCUGCUAUUCAAGAUUUCCUCACAGGUGCCUAUCUUCUUACAUUAAAAGAUACCUUUUUUGAUCGAGCUAAAGCCUGUCAGAUUAUUGCUUCUAUCCUUGUUGGGAAGGAUGAGAAGGUUAAAGUUCGUCUUCCACCUCCAGCAAUUCUGAAGCCUGUAACACUCUGGACAGGAAAACAGGUUUUCAGCCUCAUUCUCAAACCCAGUGAUGACUGUCCUGUAAAAGCCAAUCUGCGAACCAAGGGCAAACAGUAUUGUGGCAAAGGGGAAGACCUGUGUUACAAUGAUUCUUAUGUCACAAUCCAAAACAGUGAGUUAAUGAGUGGCAGUAUGGACAAAGGAACCUUAGGUUCAGGAUCCAAGAACAACAUCUUCUACAUCUUGCUGAGAGACUGGGGACAGGUAGAAGCUGCAGAUGCCAUGUCACGACUAGCCAGACUUGCUCCUGUCUAUCUCUCUAAUCGUGGCUUUUCAAUUGGAAUUGGUGAUGUAACCCCUGGGCAGGGUCUGCUAAAAGCUAAGUAUGAGCUCCUGAAUGCUGGCUAUAAGAAAUGUGAUGAGUAUAUUGAAGCUCUGAACACUGGCAAGCUACAGCAGCAGCCUGGUUGUACUGCAGAGGAGACACUAGAGGCCUUAAUCCUUAAAGAACUCUCUGUUAUCAGAGAUCAUGCUGGCAGUGCCUGUCUCAGAGAACUGGACAAGAGCAACAGUCCCCUUAUCAUGGCUCUCUGUGGAUCUAAAG